CACACACGUGGGAUGAUACAGGACCCAAAACCUCAGCAACUUUUCUUGGCUUGAUGCAGCCUUAGCGGGAAGCAGCGAUCCACUAACAGAGUUGCCGGCGGAGCACGCUGGCCGGAGCCUGCCCCCCCCGCGCCGCGGAGGUGCGGGGCGGCCAUGGAGAGCCCCGCCGAGAACCCCAGCAAGGCGGCCGAGUACCUGAAGGAGCUGAACAAGAUUAUCGAGACGCAGCAGGAGCUGCUGGAGAAGCAGAAACGGAGGAUAGACGAGCUGGAGCAGCAAGUGGCCAAGUUGUACCACGAAAAUGCCUGCCUGCAGGACGAGCAUCACCGGCACCUGGCCACAUGCCGGCUCCAGCAGGGCGUCCUCCCCGCGCCCCCGGGGGUGCUGAGCGCCAUCCAGGAGAACGCCAGGCACGAGAAGUCUGAAGGUGACAGCUCAAGAAGCCUCAGGUCUUUAAAUACUCUGCACCAGUUUUGCUGUCCAGCUCCAUUGUACCAUUCCCAGCUAGCUGUCCCUGCCACACACUCAGAGUACAGGACUUCACUGGAAACAGGAAGCAGCGUCUCAACUGACCCACUCAGCGUUGAAGGGGAGGCUCCCAGCAGCGAGACCGGCACGUCCCUGGAUAGUCCCUCAGGUUACCCGCAGGGCCCUAUAACGCACAGCUCCGCCCUGAGCCCCGAGCACUACGAGCACCCCUACGGGCUGUACUCCAUCGCGCCGGGCCAGCAGCGAGCCCGCCGGCCCAAGCUCCAGCACUCCACCUCCAUCCUGCGCAAACAGGCCGAGGAAGAGGCCAUCAAACGGUCCCGGUCCCUUUCCGAGAGCUAUGAACUCUCUUCAGACCUACAGGAUAAGCAGGUGGAGAUGCUAGAACGGAAGUAUGGGGGCCGGCUGAUCACCAGACAUGCUGCCCGCACCAUCCAGACCGCCUUCCGCCAGUAUCAGAUGAACAAGAACUUCGAGCGCCUGCGCAGUUCUAUGUCUGAGAACCGCAUGUCAAGGCGCAUCGUCCUGUCCAAUAUGAGAAUGCAGUUUUCCUUUGAAGGACCUGAGAAAGUCCACAGCUCCUACUUCGAAGGGAAGCAGGUUUCUGUUACAAAUGACGGGUCAAAGCUGGGCUCCUUGGUACCGUCGGAGUGCGACGAGCUCGGGGAGACGGCUACUACCAUGAAGUCCCCGGCAGCAUCCACUGAUUUCACUGACGCUAUAACAGAGCUGGAGGAUGCUUUUUCCAGGCAGGUGAAAUCCCUGGCGGAGUCCAUCGACGACGCGCUGAACUGCCGCAGUCUGCACUCGGAUGAAAUCCAGAGUGCGGAGCAGGUCAGGAGCCGGGAGAUGGAGAGGGAGAGCUGCGCCCCGAGCAAACCGGCCAUCCACAAUGUGGAUCACAGGAAGCUGGACGAGAUGACGGCGUCCUACAGCGAUGUCACGUUGUACAUCGAUGAGGAGGAGCUGUCCCCGCCCCUGCCGCUCUCCCAGUCUGUGGACAGACCGUCCAGCACCGAGUCGGACCUGAGGCUCCGCGCCGUGAACUCUUCCCAGGAGUACUGGUCCAUGACCCACAAAGAUGAUAAGAUAGACACUGAUACGAGCUGCAGGAGUACCCCAUCACUGGAAUGUCAGGAGCAGAGGAUGAGGAUGGAUCACCUGCCUCUGCUCACUAUCGAGCCGCCCAGUGACAGCUCCGUGGACUUGAGUGAUCGCUCGGAGAGGGGCUCGUUAAAGAGACAGAACGCAUACGACCGAGGCAUCACCAGCCAGCAAGGCAGCCCCAAACAUAUCCCUCACAGCAUUCCUGCCAAGAUCAUCACCCGGGAGGAGCAGGAGGCCAGGCACAGGGCUAGGCCCAUAGACAGUCACUUGGCCAUCAAUGGCACAGCAAACAGGCAAAGCAAAUCAGAGUCUGAUUACUCUGAUGGAGACAACGACAGCAUCAACAGCACUUCCAACUCCAAUGAUACAAUAAAUUGCAGCUCAGAAUCCUCUUCUAGGGACAGCCUAAGGGAGCAAACCUUGAGCAAACAAACCUACCACAAAGAGACUCGAAACAGCUGGGAUUCCCCUGCCUUCAGUAACGAUGUUAUCAGGAAACGCCAUUAUAGGAUUGGGCUGAAUCUUUUUAACAAAAAACCUGAAAAAGGAGUGCAGUAUCUCAUUGAGCGAGGAUUCGUGCCGGACACUCCUGUUGGGGUUGCCCACUUCCUGCUGCAGAGGAAAGGGCUCAGCAGGCAGAUGAUUGGAGAAUUCCUGGGAAACCGGCAGAAGCAGUUCAACAGGGAUGUCUUAGACUGUGUGGUGGAUGAGAUGGACUUCUCCACAAUGGAGCUGGAUGAAGCACUCAGGAAAUUUCAGGCCCACAUCCGUGUCCAAGGAGAAGCCCAGAAAGUGGAGCGGCUCAUUGAAGCUUUUAGCCAGCGCUACUGCAUCUGCAACCCGGGCGUGGUGCGGCAGUUCCGCAACCCCGACACCAUCUUCAUCCUGGCCUUCGCCAUCAUCCUGCUCAACACCGACAUGUACAGCCCCAACGUCAAACCCGAGCGCAAGAUGAAGCUGGAGGACUUCAUCAAGAACCUCAGGGGGGUGGAUGAUGGGGAGGACAUCCCGCGGGAGAUGCUGAUCGGGAUCUACGAGCGCAUCCGCAAGCGCGAGCUGAAGACCAACGAGGACCACGUGUCCCAGGUGCAGAAGGUGGAGAAGCUCAUCGUGGGCAAGAAACCGAUUGGAUCUCUGCACCAUGGACUUGGUUGUGUGCUCUCUCUCCCCCACCGGAGGCUUGUUUGCUACUGUAGGCUGUUUGAAGUUCCAGAUCCAAAUAAACCUCAGAAGCUUGGAUUGCACCAACGAGAAAUAUUUUUAUUUAAUGAUCUUCUCGUGGUGACCAAGAUUUUUCAGAAGAAGAAGAACUCUGUUACAUACAGUUUUCGACAGUCCUUUUCCCUCUAUGGAAUGCAAGUUCUUCUCUUUGAGAACCAGUAUUAUCCCAAUGGCAUUCGGCUCACGUCAGCUGUUCCAGGAGCAGAUAUCAAAGUACUCAUAAAUUUCAAUGCACCAAAUCCUCAGGACAGGAAGAAGUUUACAGAUGAUUUGAGAGAAUCAAUUGCAGAAGUUCAAGAAAUGGAAAAGCACAGAAUAGAGUCCGAGCUGGAGAAGCAGAAGGGGGUGGUGCGUCCCAGCAUGUCGCAGUGCUCCAGCCUGAAGAAGGACUCCGGGAACGGGACGCUGCCCAGGGCGUGCCUGGAUGACAGCUACGCCGGGGGCGAGGGGCUGAAGCGGAGCGCGCUCAGCUCCUCCCUGCGGGACCUGUCCGAAGCAGGCAAGCGUGGGCGUCGCAGCAGUGCAGGAUCGCUAGACAGCAAUAUGGAAGGGUCCAUCAUUAGCAGUCCUCACAUGCGCCGAAGAGCUACAUCAACCCGAGAGUGUCCAUCUCGCCCUCACCAGACUAUGCCCAACUCCUCCUCCCUCCUAGGGUCCCUGUUCGGUAGCAAGAGGGGCAAGGCCCCGUCCCAGAGCCAGAGCCACGCGGCCCCGCAGCCCCCGCACCACGCCGAGGGCGCGGCGGCGCCUGCGCACCCGCACCACGGCCCCUACUGCCACCAGAACCCGCCGCCCUACCACCACCACCACCACUACCACCCGCCCCCGCACCCGCACCAGUACCACCAGCACGGCCACGGCCACGGCCACGGCCCCUUCCUGCCGCACGGGCACGGCCCGCACCACGGCCCGCACCACCACGGGCCGCCCCCGCCGCCUGCCAGCGCCAAGCCCAAGCACAGCGGCAUCAGCACCAUAGUCUAGGCCCAAGGGCCUCCUCAUGACUCUAGUUUUGAACAGCAAGCAACAGACCACAGCGUUAGGCUGUUCAUGAGCUUCGAGGCUUGCCGUUGCUAAAUAAAAGCGUUCCGGUUAGCCCAGGCCAUCCUGGUUUUACUGGAUAGAUGCUCACCACCAAUCCGGUUAGGUCUUAUUUCCAAACUUGCCUUGAAAACGUGCUGCUUGCUGAAUCUGAGGAAAGCUACCUUUUACACCCAACCCCUGGACAAUUUUACACACAUACUGAAAAGUUAGCCUAUGGGAAAAAAAAAAAAACAGGGAAGAAAGUGAGACAGAACCAAGUGUUGCAUUCUUGCUCUUUUAUUCUCAAUGGGCAAAAAAAAAUAAGUAGACCUGAUAUGGUUGAUGAAAGUACGUAAGUAAACUUUAUAUAAUAUAAAUAUAUACAUAUAAAUAUAUAUAUAUACUGUAUAGUUAACAUUUGUGCUUGGAAAGAAAUUUUUUCAGUCCACAAAACUAGCAAUAUAGACUUUACAAGGAAUUCCACUUACUUGAUAGGACAGUAUAAUAGAUGAAUAGCAUAUGGAAGAGUAGACCAAAAACAUUAAACAUUAGAAACCAAUUUCAAACAUUUCAAUAUUUUCAUCACGAGUCCCCCAGACUUGUUAAGAUUUCUAAGCAAUCAUUACUAAAUGUGCCAAGUAACAUAGCAUUUAAAUGUUGUAGUCCAAUACUGCUUUGUAUAAAUCCUUAUUUUAUUAACACAAUGAUAUCAUACGUAAUCAGUAUUAGAGCUGCUCUGCUAUUUCAGGUAAGCAAACUCGUUAGGAUGCAGUAAUUAUUCCGUAGCAAUGGAGGGGGCCCACUUACCAGGGGGCACCUCCAAGCAUUUGUCACACAAGUUCUUAGACACUUUAAAGGCUGUGAUAACUGUGAAUUUACAUGAUCCACAUUUCUUUUGUAAGCAUAUGGAUUGAACGAGCACACGGGAAGAGUUCCGCCAGGUGCAUGUAAGCACUGCAAAAACAUUCAUCUCAAACAUGAAAAUGGCAAACCUCCAUCCUUCUCAGCUACUUUGGUUCCUGUUUACCAUAAUUUCUCAUUUCUACCCCCAGCGAAGCUGAAUUCUAGUUCAGAGUGUUUCCAGUGGAAGUGCUCUAAAACUUGAAGGUUUGUUUUAGAAUUUAGUAUAGGGUUUUUAUAUAUAUAUAUAUAUAUUAAAAAGAAAAAAAUCUGUAAUUCCAUGUAGCCAUGUGCUAGCAACGAAGUGGCUUUACCAUUUUUACUCAUCACAUUUGUUAGUUUGAAGCACCCAGCACUCAGCAGGCUGAGUUUAUGCUCAAACCCUCCCUUCUAUAGUCCAGUUAGUUGCAAGACAUCACAUAAAAAUAGGCUGUGCUGUUGUUGCUUAUGUGUUGUAACCAAACCAUUUGCAAAUUUCUCUACAAUUUGUAUCCCAAAAUGCUGUACAAAGUUAUCCAUGGCACCUACUUUGUAGUUUCAGCACUUUGAGCCACUGCAAGGACUUAACACCUAAACAGUAGAGACAAAGGAAUCACAACUGCAAAACUGUACCAGCCUAAAAGCAAACCUUGAAGAGGAUGAGCAAAAAGUUCCAGUAAGAGAUGGGUAAAAGUAAUCACAGCUCCAACCAGUCGGGUUUCUGUGCAACACUAAUAACAGCAUCCCAAAUUACGGGGACAUGGGAGCAGCAGAGUGACUUGUCACAUCGGCUUGCUCGUGGCAUCUCUAGCGUGGGGAGGAUGGGAGAGGUUCAGUCAUUUUUUCCCUUUCAUACCAUGGAUACCACAAUACCAGCAAAACUGCAAACUGAGCACUUUGUUCACCUCCACAGAGAGCAAAUACAGCAAUCUAGAGUUUAGCCUUUUGUUUCCUGCAGUCCACGUUUGUUUCACACAUGUGCAAUAUGUUUUCCCCUUCUGCUCCUUCUCCUCGGAAUGAUCUCCAUGAAAAGCAAACAAGUGAUUAUUAUUUUUCUGUAUCACUCACUCUAUUCUAAAUUCUGCGGCUUGGCUUAAGAGGGCUCACCUGGGUCCCCUGAGGCUCUGUUCCUUGCAGUUUAAAAAAAUAUAUACUGUUCUUAUAAGGGAAAGUAGAACUGUCUGCAUGUCAUCUAAUGUUAUUAGUGUGAGGCUACACUCUACAUAUUGUAUAAUUGCAAAAUAUAUCAGUGUUACUGUUGAUAUUAGUUGAAGUAAAGUGAUAACAUAUUUCAAUAUGUAGACUUUUCUUCCUACAUCUGUACCAAUAGUAGAGUCUAACUGUAAUUUAUAGGUUGUUCCAGAAAAGAUAAAGAACCAUUUAGGUGCAAACAUCUCUCAGAAACUGCAUCUUUUAAUUAAAACAGAGGUGAGAAAGAUCCUCUUCACUGGGUGACAGUCUGUACUUGUUCCAGAUACAGAGGCAUAAUGAAAGUAAAAUUCUGUAUGUGGAAUAAAGGCAGAAUAUGCAGUAGCAGUGGAGGAGGAAAAUCUGACUCACUGUGUUGAUUAACACUGAAGAUGUUCAGUCUCCCAGAUCCGCAUUUGCUUUAUGUUUAAAAAACCCUUUCAUUCAUUUAAAUUAGAGUUACAUAUAAAUAUUCUGUACUUAAACAGUAAGCCACAGUUUAAGUUUAAUGCCUGACCACUGAUUUUCCAUGUGCAAUCAAUGUAUUUGUGAACCAAAGUGUUGAGGAGAUGUCACAAAUGUGCAUGCACAGAAACAUUUCCACAUGGUUCCAUGGACACUGGGGAGGAGGCUGUGCCUGCCCUGGAUGUGGGGCAGUGUGAAAUCACAGAUUUGAUGUGGGGGGUGUGAAAUCACAGAUCAUUUGGAGGCUGGUUAGAAAGCAAAACUGGUCACGGGAGAGCACAGGAUAUGGAAACUCUGUUUUUUCAAGCCAAGGAGGAGAAACAGUGGACUUGACUUUUUCUUUUUUCUAAUUUUGUUCUGUUUUGUUCCUUAGACUGUGUGUUUCUAUGUACUCCAACCAACCAAAUGUGUCUUGGUGUCAGCACAAGUCUCCAGACCUUUGCUGCUUGUUUAGGGUUGCAGUAAAACCUCUCUGACUCCGUCCUUGAUCAACAGUUGCUUAGAGCAGUGUGGGUCAUGCCUAGAAUAGAAUUCCAGUACUUAACACAGUGUGGGAUUAAGAAAAUGAAUUAAAAUGAAUUCUUCAGCCUGCAGGCAGGAGUAGAAUGGAGAGGGUUUUUUUCUCAGAUGCCAUUGCCAAUUACAAACUGGUACAGAAGUGCAUAGAGUGACCGUGUUUCUCUCUUCCCAUAAACGAUGUGGCAAAACAGUAAUGCUGAUUUGAACAAAUGAAAGGGAAACGUAAAGAAUGAAGGUGUGGCAACAACAAAUCUUUUCUGGGACAACAAUCAAAUAUAUAUUUGGGGUUUUUAUUUUUUUAAGUUAAAAAUUAAAUGUAAAACAAUGUAAAAAACCAAAAAAUCAAAGUUCAUUCUAAUAUAAUGUGCGUCUUGUAUUGCUAAAAAAAAAAAAAAGUCUAACAUACAGUGUAGAAUGAUUUUCCCAUCAUGUACUGCAUGCAGCAGAAGCCUCUUGUUUCUUGAUAAAAUGAGCUGAAAGACAGUCAGCAGAUAUUUAAACACUGAAUCUCUAGAUGUUGACUUGCUGUUCCAUAUGAAGCUGUGUGUUUUCUGCAGUUAAGCAUGCAUUUUGCUGUUCCCUUGUAAAAUACCAUCGCACUUCUUGCCUGCAAAAUGGAUUCUCGUGUAUAUAUUUCAAAGAAAAGUGGAACCAAUAACAAGAUUCAAUUUGGAAAAGAGAAAAGGGGGUGGUGAAAAUGGGACCAGUAGGGGGAAUGGAGAAUUCUCUAAAUUGUACAUAGUGUGUAAAUUAGUAUUACUAUAAGUCUGCAGUCACUUUGAGGUUGCCUAUCUCCUGCUAGGAACUUAAAUCAGCUUUGAGUUGUAUUAAAGUGUUAGAAUUAGGUCUUGAAUGCAGACUGUUAAAGACUUCAAAAAUCAUUAUGCUUACAAGAAGCUUCUGUUCUGGGGAGGCUUGAGACCCCUUUUGUAACUCUGGGGAAGAAAGGAGUGCUUUCAUUUUAAUAUGCAUUCUGUUUGUAAGUAGUAACAGACCCUAUUGAUGUAAAACUAUAACUGUGAUCAUGUGGAGAAAUCAAAUAAAUCAUUUAAAACUC